AUGUCCGAAUCCUACGAACGCGAACGCCAAAACAAUGCCCGCCUCGACGAGCUCUCCGCCAAAGUCUCCGCCCUCCGCGGCGUAACAAUCGACAUCUAUGACCACGCCCGCAACCAUGAGCUCAUCGACUCCAGCACCGAAACCUUCUCCUCAAUGGGCACCCAACUCAAGGGCUCAGCCGGCAGACUAGGCCGCAUGGCCGCCAGCGGGAACAAAGUCGCCAUUCUCAAACUGUCAGGGAUAUUGAUCGGCGCGUUUCUGGUGCUGUAUUACCUCUGGAGGUUGAUGUUCUGA